AAAAUGGUAUCAUCCGACUGUCAUGGCGCCCCGAGUUUAGAGCUCCCUGACUCGGCAUCAGCGUAUUUGGACAAAACGACAACAUUUUAGGCGUUUUUUAGCUCAUCUUCAUGAUUUGACAUCGAUUCGUCCCCCUCGGCCGAAACACUAUGGCGGGCAGUAGCACUGCUCAAAAGACUUGGGAGCUCACCAACAGCAUGCAGGAGGUCCAGAGCAUCGACGAAAUUUACAAAUAUGACAAGAAGCAACAACAGGAGAUCCUCGCCGCCAAGCCGUGGACAAAAGACCACCACUACUUCAAGUACUCAAAGAUCUCUGCACUGGCGCUGCUGAAGAUGGUGAUGCACGCCCGCUCUGGCGGCAACCUGGAGGUGAUGGGCCUGAUGCUGGGGAAAGUGGACGGCGAGAGCAUGAUCAUCAUGGACAGCUUCGCGUUGCCUGUGGAGGGAACCGAGACGCGGGUCAACGCGCAGGCUGCCGCCUACGAGUACAUGGCUGCCUACAUUGAGAACGCCAAGCAGGUGGGCCGGCUGGAGAACGCCAUCGGCUGGUACCACAGUCACCCGGGCUACGGCUGCUGGCUCUCAGGGAUCGACGUCAGCACUCAGAUGCUCAACCAGCAGUUUCAGGAGCCUUUUGUCGCUGUGGUGAUCGACCCGACGCGGACCAUUUCGGCGGGCAAAGUCAACCUCGGUGCCUUCAGGACGUACCCCAAGGGCUACAAGCCUCCUGACGAAGGGCCGUCAGAGUAUCAAACCAUCCCUCUGAACAAGAUCGAAGACUUUGGUGUACACUGUAAACAAUAUUAUGCCAUGGAAGUAACGUAUUUCAAGUCGUCCUUGGACCGAAAGCUACUGGAGCUCCUUUGGAACAAAUACUGGGUCAACACUUUGAGCUCCUCCAGUCUCCUCACGAACUCAGACUACACCACGGGUCAGGUGUUCGACCUGUCGGAGAAGCUGGAGCAGUCGGAAGCCCAGCUGGGUCGGGGCAGCUUCAUGCUGGGGCUGGACACUCACGACAGGAAGUCCGAGGACAAGCUGGCCAAAGCCACCCGGGACAGUUGCAAGACGACCAUCGAAGCCAUUCACGGCUUGAUGUCUCAAGUCAUUAAGGACAAACUCUUCAAUCAAAUCAACACGUCGAAUUAAGUCUUUUUUUUUUUUUUUUUAUUGUUCUUCCGGCACUUCUCGGGAUUGUGUAUGACUGCAAAAAAUACUUGUAGUAUUCAGAAAAGUGUAUUGGCGUGAAUAAAAUAUGGGAGAAAGUG